UUAAAAUCAGGAACCCUAAACUAUCGUAUACAUUAACAAAAUGUGUGCCAGUUUGGUGAUGCCAUGUUGAGUUUCUGCACCAAACAAUUUACCUUGGAGUUUACGUGUUUAAGAAAUAGCAUAUAAUCUAUUUAUAAACCUCAUCGUGCUUGAGGUAUGGAACAAACAGUCAAUUUUCUUACGUAAAUUCUUAGUUGCAAAUCCUUUUUUCUCCUUUUCACGUGCAUGUGCUUUCUUCCUUAACGCACCCCUGAACACUGAGGAAUCCAACUUUGCAUGCCCUUUGAAGCAUGUGCCUUUAUUCAUUGAGUCCCAAUUACUCCAUCUGAUUGCAAAUGUAGGUCGUUUUAGCCUCCUCAACUAUUCUCUAAAUAUAAGUCAUUCUCGAACUUCUAUGCGUUUUUUUCUCUUUUGUUCCCGUCUUGCCCUUGUUUAAUAAAUACUACUACUCUUACAAAUGAAUGAGUUAUCUUUUCUAAUACAAAAUAAAUAAAGGACAAUAAGAUCAUUUGAUCUACUUUCUUAAUCCUUGUGCACAAAUCUAAAACAACUUUCAUUUACAAUCGGAGGGAGUAAGUAUUUGUCACCUUAAGCUCUUAGCAACAUCAAUUCCUUGCUUGUCCGAGUAACUCAGACACAUUGCUCUAGUGAUUCUGGUUCUAUAUAACAAGACUGCAGCAAGGGGCAAUUUUCUUGUCCACCUAACUACUUGUUUGGCUGCAUUGAUUUUGAGAUUUUAUUUCAACCAAGGCAGCUGGAUCAUAUUAACUGCCAAUUCUGCAAGCAGCAUAUGGAAGCCGGUGCAGCUACCACUAGAUCAUCAGGAGGAGCACAAGCACCGAUGGACAGGCGUCUCGUGGCGGCAGCCAAAUCUGGUGAUGCCACAUCAAUGAUUGAUCUUGCUCAUGAUGACCCAGGCGUGCUGCUUGGAACAACACCACAGGGGAACACCUGCCUCCAUAUCUCCUCCAUGCACGGCCACCAAGGGUUCUGCAACGAGGCCCUGCGGCUGAACCAGUCUCUCCUCACCGCGGUCAAUGCGGAUGGGGAGACACCACUGCUCACCGCCGUGACAAUGGGCCAUGCUUCUUUGGCAUCGUUUUUACUCGGACGCUGCCUUGAUCAGCAGCUGAGCGGGGCGAUCUUGGCGCAAGACAAGCAUCGGUAUAAUGUUCUCCACCAUGCCAUUCGCAGCGGCCACAGGGAGCUCGCACUGGAGUUGAUAGCAGCGGAGCCUGCCUUGUCACGAGCCGUGAACAUAUACAAUGAGUCACCCAUGUUCAUAGCGGUCAUGAGAAAUUAUGAAGAAGUCUUCGAGAGACUGUUGGGGAUUCCUGAUUCCGCUCAUGGGGGAGCCUGCGCCGAAAAUGCUCUGCAUGCUGCCGUGAGAAAUGGCAAUUCAGUUAUCGCAAAAAAGAUUAUUGAGACACGUCCUCGGCUGGCCACAGAAGAAGAGAUUGAGGCGAGUACGCCAAUGCGGAUGGCUGUACUUUGGGACCAGAUUGACGUUCUAAGAGUAUUGUUGGAACAUGACUGCUCUUUAGGGUAUGAAGUAAGCACAAGAGGUAAUCCUCUUCUUACUUCAGCCGCAUUUCGAGGCAAUGUAGGUGUCGCUCGGGAGCUUCUUAACCAUUGUCCGGAUGCUCCCAGUUGGGAUCCAAAUGAUGACUGGACAUGUCUUCACGAGGCUGUAUCGGAAGGUCAUGAAAACUUCGUAGAAUUUAUCCUGCGGGCCCCACAGCUUCAGAAAAUCGUUAACAUGCGGAACAGAAAUGGAGAUACUGCUCUGCAUAUCGCAGUCCAAAAGUGCAAUCCGAAGAUUGUCUCUGCUUUACUGCUUCACCAAGACAUAGACGUUACAGUUGUUAACAACUUUGGUAACCCAGCAACCUGGCAAUUGUCUGCUGUCUCCGAUCAUGCCAAGACUUUGAACUGGAAUGAAGUGUCCAUGCUUAUGUUGAAAGCUGAUCCAGGAAAUAUUUAUAAUCUCAAAAACGUCGUCAAGGCUACAGUAACUAAAGCAUCAAGGAUGGAUGUCAGGUCACUGACUCAAACAUACACAAGCAACACUUCCCUAGUGGCGAUCCUCAUGGCGACGAUUACCUUCGCCGCCGCUUUCACCUUGCCCGGAGGAUAUAGCAGUGACGCUGGAAGUGAGGGGGUUCCCAUCAUGUCAAGGAAGCUUGCGUUUCAAGCAUUCUUGAUCUCCGACACCUUAGCAAUGUGCUCCUCACUUGCCGUUGCCUUCAUAUGCAUCAUAGCCAGGUGGGAGGACCUUGAGUUCUUGCUUUACUAUAGAUCUUUUACAAAGAAGCUUAUGUGGUUUGCAUACGUAGCAACAACCACGGCAUUUGCAACUGGUUUAUACACAGUUCUGGCCCCUCGUCUCCUAUGGUUGGCUAUUGCAAUUUGCAUUCUGCCAAUCUUAUUGCCCACUCUUACCAAGCUGCUUGGUGAAUGGCCAGUCUUGAAGCUCAAGUUUCGGUUGGGUCGAACUUUCAACUCUGACCUCCUUGAUAUGGUCUGACCUCGUCACUUUGUGUUGUUGAUUCCGGCUACUUUAUGCUCGCGUUGUUUGUUCCAAGACAUGUUUAAACAUUGUAAAAGAAUGUUAUGUUAGUAAUUUGGAUUUCUGUGUAAGACCUAAGCUAUGCAUUGAGAACGCUUCUAGUUUGCCAAUCGUGUGUUGAUGAUUAAUUACUCAA